UCCGUUGGGAAAAUUCACAACACAGAAAAAAAAAGUGAACUAAUUAAGCUAAGUUGAGUGCAAAGAAAUGAAGAACAAGAUUAGAAUUAUGUUUGAAUCCUUCAUAUCAUGUGGAAAACCUUCUAAAGGAAAUGACAAAGACGAAAAACCAGUUUCUCUAGAUGAAUCUACAAGAAAUGCACAAGGACAAGGAAAAGGACAUCAAGAUGAACCAAAAUAUUAUGCACAAAGCCAAGGACUACUAGUGAAAGAUGAACCAAACAAUGCACAAUUAGGGAAAAUGGUGAAAAAUGAAGUGGAAAAUCCAAAAAUAGAACAAGUGGAAAGGGUGUUUGUAAUGAAAUCUAGAGUACAUAUAACCACAUACAGAAAAAUAGGAACAACUUCACGACAAGCAAAACGUUCACGCCAACGAUCACCUCCUAAAUUUAAGACCGGUAGCAUGGAUAUUAUGUGAUGUUACAUAUUAUUCCAUAAUAUAUCGUAUUAUAUUA